AUGGCCGUGCAAUCUGACUCUGGCGGGAAGGACGACGUGAAGACACAGUUCGUUACUAGAGAGGGCACGUAUCGAUUGAUGACAUUGUCUGAGUACUCGAGACCUAAUCGUGUGGGGUAUACCAGUGGGUCAGGAUCGACUCAUGUGCGCGUUUCGCUGGUUUCCUUACCUCCCGGACCAGGAGGUGGAGCACCUGGAUCUGAUGGACAGGGCUCCGACGACAGAAUUUGCUUUAAUCAUGGCAAAGAACUAUAUGUUUAUGUGUAUAGAGGUAUUAAAAAGGCCGCAGAUCUCACAAAGCCGGUGGAUAAGAAGAUGUAUAAAGGCACAAACCCAACAUGUCAUGACUUUAACAUUGUGACAAUGACAACCGAGAGUGUAUCUUUAGUCAUAGGAUUUUCCACAGGCCAAAUACAACUAAUAGACCCUAUUAAGAAGGAGUUAAGUAAAUUAUAUAAUGAAGAAAGAUUGAUAGAUAAAACUCGGGUGACAUGCAUCAAGUGGGUACCAGGGUCCAGUAAUCUGUUCAUCAGUGCUCACGCGUCGGGGCAGCUUUACGUGUACAAUGAGGAGUUGACUUGUGGCACCACGUCGCCACACUACCAACUGUUCAAGCAAGGAGAUGGAUACUCAAUACACACAUGUCGGACGAAGUCCACGAGAAACCCGUUGUAUAGGUGGGUUAUAGGUGCGGAAGGUAGUUGUAUAAAUGAGUUUGCCUUCUCGCCGUGCGGGACGAACCUCGCUGUGGUGUCGCAGGACGGCUUCCUCAGGGUGUUCCACUACGACACCAUGGAGCUGAUCGGGCGAGCGCGGUCGUAUUUCGGUGGCUUCCUGUGCGUGUGCUGGUCUCCUGACGGAAAGUACGUCGUGGUCGGUGGGGAGGACGAUCUGGUGACGGUGUGGUCAUUUAGCGAGAGACGGGUGGUGGCACGUGGUCAGGGACAUAGGUCGUGGGUUUCCGUGGUGGCUUUUGAUCCUUACGUGGUCAGCUUCACUGACCCCGAACACGAAGUGGAAGAAGAGAAGAAAAGUGAAAGUGCGCAGUGUUAUAGACUAGGCAGUGUCUCUCAGGACACGCAAUUGUGCUUGUGGGAUCUCACGGAGGACGUGCUCAAGCCGCCGGUGAGGGCGAGAGCGUCGGCUCACCUAUCUCCGAAUAACAACUUCUCACCCAACGGUAUUCUCGGAACGAAAGUUCCAAAAUGCCCGAAGACUAAUAAAAUAGGCCAUAAACAUGCAGAGCUAAGCGGAAACGCGUCGGGGGAGCCCUCGGGAGCGAAGCCGGUGGCCAAAGCGAAAACUAAUAACGUGUCGACGCUAAACAUCAACGUGGGUAAAGCGAAAGAGGAGACGUCGGGAUCGCUCGGCGUGAAUUUCACUCAGCGACUCGCGGGGUUUUCCUUCGGCGAGCGAAGAUCAGAACAUCGGCGCAACUUCAGUUUGACGAAGCCGGCGGAGAAGGCAACGAGUGGGGUAGCGUUGCGGGGGAAGUCUUCGCAGUCAGACAGCUACGACCCCUUGAAGUUGAUUGGUACGCCAUCGUGUCCUCGUUUCGAUGAGUGCCCCGUGUUAGAGCCGCUCGUGUGCAAGAAAGUUGCACAUGAGCGGCUCACAGCGUUGCUGUUCCGAGCAGAAUGCCUGGUGACGGCGUGUGCGGAUGGAUGCGUCAACACGUGGGCACGACCAGUACGAGCUCUCAAUGGAGACGCAAGACGUCGUGAUCGUGUCGAUCGUAUCGAUCUCGUCGAC